AUGAGUAUUUCUUUCAAUGGCGUCCAUCUGGAGUCCGACCACCACUUCGAAGAUGACAGCCACCUCGAAGACGACCACGUCGACGACGGCAGCAAGGAGCACACCCAACUCCUGCAGCAAGACAGCAGAGACACUUUGAAGGCCAGCAACCGACGCAAUGGCAAUAGGAGUAUGGCCCAUUCCUUAUAUGCGUCGCCCAAACACCCUGUCUCCCAGCGGAGGCAGGCUUCUGUCCCCGGGUCUCCCAUUCACGAUGAGCCCCACAGCAGCAGCAGUCGAGCGGCAGCACCGCUGUUCAUGAACAACGUUGCCGGAUUGUGGGACAACGAUGCGAUCCAAGACCACCACCAGGACGAAACUGAUGGAAGCACAUUCGCGGUGCCUUCGAGAAAACCGUCUCUGUCAGAUUCUCAAUCACUACCCCCUCCAUCGUUCACAGAACCGGCCUCGGUUGCGUCCAGUCUAACAUUGACCCCUAUCAGUACACCUGCAACAGAGCCCAAGAAACGACGGUGGGGACCAAAGUCCCAGAAGGCUGCAGCAGUGGAACCAGUCGUCCCUGAGGAAGUGGCGAUCAAGGAGUUGGUUUCGACAACAGACGCACCAUUAGACACAGGAGCAUUAACACUCACCGAAGACAUUGCAGAACCUCUGUUCAGCCCGCUCUCAUACGAGUCUCCCUCGACAACGGCGGCUGUAGCGAUCUCAUCGACACCCAACUCUGGACAAUCAUCACCAGAGCAGAACAAGAUCUCUCAGACUGGCGCCUCGAGUGCUUUUGGGCUGUCAGCACUCUCAGGGACAGGAAGAGGUCUGGUGUCUGGUUUGACGUCCCUCAAGAACUCGAUCAUGAUUCCGGCCUUGCCGUCGACGUCUUCUUCAGCGACACCGACAAAUGGGAAUAGCAGGGGUGAUAGAACUCCUGGGUCGUUGACGGGUUCUCAGAGCAGUUUGUUGGAAUUCUUGGAAGACUCUUCUCAGCCAUCUUUUAUGCAGCAUCAAGAGAAUUACAACCACCAUGGCCACCACACCACUCACCGCCACAAUCAACAGCAAACAUCAUCGAGGUCGUCAUCUACAGCAUCUUCAGUGGCAGGGUCGCCUUCUUUAUUCCGAAGCAUGUUUCUCCGUUCAGGGAACGACAGCGAGUACUUUUCAGGUAGAGACGCUGCCGGAUCGUCUAGUAUGUUCUUGGAGAGGAAGAAACCGUCGACCACUUCAACUCCUCACGACCGAUCCAGGAAGGAGAACCAUCAUCAUCGCCAUCACACACCCCGUCAUUCGACGUCUGGACUUUCCCCAGAAACCAAGAGCACAUCCCAUCUCCAACAACAGCAACUCGCCCAAAUGCAAUCGCGUAGGAAGCGCGUCGCCAGCCAAAACACCAGCGCGGCAACGCAGUCAUUAUCGACACACGAGCUGGAAUUACAGCAACAGAUGCAACGACAGAGCCAACUUUCGACACGCAAGAUUGAGCUCUGCAAGGAACUUUUGUCGCUUUACAGUCGGAGGAACAGCAGUGAGCAACGACAAGUGGAAGCGGUCAGGGCAGAGCGGUUCGAGGAAGCGGACGCGGCCACGACAGCGAUCGAUCAGGUUCAGGAGCGCAUCGCACAACUGGAAGGGAUCUACGCUGAUACGGACCGGUCGUUGUGGGAGUGCAAGAAGCGACAGGAUGAUCUGGGAAGAAAGAUUUGUGAGUUCCACCCUACGGUCUUGAAAGAGAUGGACGAUUUGCGCUUGAAGCGCGAGGCUGAGAGGGAGCACUUUGUGGCAGAGUUGAACCAACGACGGGAGAGCGAGGUUGCAGUCCUUCAGGGAGAGAGGGACGAGAUUGAGAAGGAUCGAAGUGACAUUGCGCUGGAGCAGGACUUUUUGGGCAAGAACCAGAGUGAGCUGAAGGAGCGGAUUGAUGAGGAGACGGGGAUCGAUCAGGAUGAACUAAACGUUUUGAAGGAGAAGCGUAAAGCCAAUAGGCAUGAGAUAGAAGAGUUGACAAGGCAGUUGGAGCAGCUGAAUCAGAAGGACAAGGAGUGGGCUUUCGAGAUUGCGACGGUUCAGCAGCGGAUUCGCACCACUGAGGAACAAUUCAGCGAAAAAUCCACGGAGGUCAUGCAGGACAAACAAAAGUUGGACCUUCGAAUCUCUGAUCUCCAGAAACGGAGCCAGCGUCUCGACCGUCAAGAGGCACAACUCCAAAUGAUGGUUGAGACUGCUGAAGGUGUCCUGGGCAAGGUCCAGAGUGAUGUCCAGGCGAUUGCUGCUCAGCAGGAGCAUUUGGAGACUGUCCGCAAGAUGUUUGGGGACGAGUUGGCGAUUAUUCAGAAGUUGCGGGUGGAGGAGGAGUGGUUUAGAGAGAAGGAGGCUGGGUGGAGUAUGCGUUCGAGUCGGUGGACUCAGGAUCUGGUAAAGCUGGAGGGCAGGAUCAAAAAGUUGACAGAUAAGGUUGCAGGGGAUCAGAGGGUUGUUGUUGAACUUGAGGAGGGCAUUAAAGGGUCGGAGAAGCGUGUCGGCCAGUCUGAAUCCCUCAAGGUUUUGGCUGUUCAACGUCGAGAUUUCAAGCAGGCUUCGCACUACUCGGGAGAGCUUGCCAAACUCCGCGAGACGAUGGCUCAACAACGAGAAGAGCUUGAGAGGCGUACAAGCGAGAUAACAUCUGGAUCGACGCAGAAAGAUCUGGCAGGAUUGCAAAAGGAGUACGACGCCCUGAAGGCCAACCAGAAGCAGGAGCAAUUGAAUCUGUUCAAGGAGAUCCAGGAAGUCACUACUAAGACGCUGGCUCAACUUUUGUCUGCCUGUUCAAAGAAGCCAAUAUCCAAUGGUUCUUCCACCACUACUGCCAUGGCUGCUGACAAAUCUGCUGUUGAUGCCAAGGAGGAGGAAGGAGGUAGCAAGAACACUGCGGCAGGAAAGUUGCUGGAAGAGUUGCAGUCCGAGAUCGAGAGUGUGCUGGAAGUUUCACGGAUACGAUAUGGACGCGAGACCACGGUGCCUCAGGGGGCGCUGGAUGGUAGUGCAGCUGCGGCAGUAUCAGCAGCAGUAGCAGGGACGACUGUACCGACUGCAGGCGGGGAUAGUUUUGUCGUUGGCAAGGAGGAGCAGAGGGCAGUAUUGGAGCGAGAUAUCCAGGCUGCUGUUGCAGAAGAGGACUAUGCUACUGCAGCCAAACUUCAGGAACGGCUAGAAGCACUGUAG